AUGACUUCUCGUGCAGAUCUACUUUAAAAUGUGAAUUCUGGAUUGUAUCAGGGUGGUCAUGUUAGACCUUAUUAAAAAUCUAAUCAAGAUGGAGUAAUACCUGUUAUAAAAUUAAAUCUCGCAGAGAUUGCUGUGUUAAGUGGAUAAUCAAAGACUAAUAUUCAGCUAGCAAUCUUGAAUAUGAUUACUCAGAUCUAAAGCAAUUUUAAAUAAAAAGGAAAAGUGGAACUAAAGAUUCCGAAUCUCGGUUGCCUUAAAGUGUCUAGUAAUCAAUCAUUCUUCGUGUUUGAAAAUAUUGAGUACCACAAUAACUAAUAGCCAAAGAACUUAAAUACUCGAAUCAAUAGUUAAAUCAUUGAUUUAUCUCCUUACAAAGAUCAAGAAGAAUUAUCAGGAAAUAUGAUGAGUUAAAACGAUACGUUAUCUAUAUUUAGUCUAGUUUCACCAAAUAAAAGAUCUAUGAGCUAGCUAGGCUAGAAAUAUAGUACUCCUCUUAAUAAUUAAACUAAGAGUAUGAUUGAAAAUUAACCUUCACACAUUAGUCGAGCAAUUAAAACACCUCAGAGAGAUAACAGUUUUAACAGAGUACUUGAUAGAAUCAGAACAAAUAACAGAGGCAGUCAAUUUUCCAAUAAAUUGGCUUAAUUGACUAAUACUGUCUUUGAUAGAAGUUACAUGAGAGAAGAGGAGAUAGAAGUGAUGAAAAGAAUAAUUCUUAAAGUCUAUGAAUAAAGAGAAAAAAUUCUAACAUCUCUUGGAAAUAUAAAUCUUGAUCACACUAUUAAAUAUGAUAAGAUAAAAGAUAUAUGCAAAACUCAGCUUGACUUAGAUAUUGAUAAAAUCAAGCCUCUUUUAUUUGAGAAAAAUUAAAUGAAUGCUACUGCUAAUGGCAGUAUUAAUACAAGCAACGAUUAAGUGAUUCCAUAAUAAUUAAUUGCCAGAUUGAAGUAUCUAAUUAAGAACGAGAAUCUGAAAUAAACGAACAAGUCACUGCUAGAAGAUAAUCUAUCAAUAUUUUCAAAGACAUUUAGUGGGAUAAGUUUAAGAUCUUAGACAACCAAUAACUUUGGGAGCAGGACCAAACUUAAUUAGUCUCAAAUCACAGGUACUUAAGGAAACGAUAAUUUUGGGCUUAAUAAACUUACAAUAAAAUCACUUUGCUAGUAAAUUAUUACAAAUUAGAAAUAGUUGACCAAAAUUUUAGAAGAAAACCGUUUGACGUUAGAUUCUUAACUCACAGAGUCUGAGCUGCUUAUGUAUCUUCAUAAAAAUAUCAAUAUUUCUUCUUAAUAUCUUACUGGUCUACUUAGAGCACUCAAUCUAUCUAAAGAAUAGGCUCAAGAUGAUAAUUAUCAACUGAAUGGGAUUUAUUAAAGUAAAGUAAGCUUUGGUCAAUUUGUUGCCAGAGCUUAUGAAUACGUUUAGCAAAUGAAAUUUAACAGCGAAAACUAAAAUCAAUAGAUUUAGAUUGCCCAAAUGUAAAUAAGAAGGAUUAAAGAUUGCAUGUAUAUGAAAGGUAUCAAAGCAGAUGAACUUUAUAAGCAGUAUAAAAAUAAUCAAAGUUUUAUGCAUGAUCCUAAGAAAGUAGAAUUAGAUUAAUCAAUACCUUAUAUAAACUUUGUAACUUAGCUUCAGAACAGCGAAAUAUCAAAAGAUUGGGAGAGCGUUGGAUUGAAGAAAAUCAGAGAGUGGAUGAUAAGAAAGUAACUAAGCUCUGAUUAGGCUUUCGAACGAUUACUUAUUCUGAAUACCAGGUCGGGAAUGAAAAGCUUUAUGACUCGUGAAGAAUUUAGAAAGGGUAUAAUGCUAGAGAAUUUACCAUUUACUCUAAAAUAAAUAGACUUUUUAUUCAGAGCUUUUGACAUUGAUAAUAACAAUUCUCUUAGUAUCAAAGAGUGGAAAAGUAAAAUAUUUGAUGAUUUCAGGAAUCCUCUUCAGAUGAUCAAAGAAACUGUACUUUCAAACGAGAUUAAUGCUGAUGAAUUACUGCGCUAGAUGAGGCUAUAAACAUUCGAAGAGUAAUUAGACUACUAAUAAUUUCAAAAAUGCAUGCAUUAUAUAGAUUCAUCAUUAAACCACAUGCAGUUAAGAGUUAUGUUUACUGAAAUAAAAAGUGAUCUUUCUGGCAAAGUUUACGUAAGAUAACUACUUCAGUACCUUCUAGGUGAUAAUUUUGAUGUAAGCGAUAUCAAGUAAAAGAUUUAUUUACUCUUGAAAAAGAAACUCGAUGAAUUUGGAGAAAGCAAAUUCGUUGAAAAAUUUGAAAAUUUAGACAAAAAUAACUCAGGAAGUAUCAAUCCAUUAGAAUUAAGAAGGCUACUUGAUAAUUUAAAAUUAAAACUGCCUUCAAUUGAGAUAGAAAGAUUUGUUAGAUUUAUCGAGAAGGAUAAAACAGGUAAUGUCAAUUACACUUGGCUUUUGAAUCAAGUGAAGUCUAAAGGAAAUAAGGAAUAAGUACAAGACUCAAGUUAAAACACGGAACAGGAACUAAGAAAACUACUUGAUCGACUGUAAAGAUAUUUGAGCUAAAAUAAGUUAAAUUUGCAGACUUUGAUAUCAAAGAUUUGUAAAAAACAGUCAAAAAUAGGCUUGAAAAGUAAUCAAGACUAGCAUAUUAACAUUGAUGCAUUUGUGCUUUUUAUAAAGGAGAAGGUAUACCCCAAACCAGUUGAGUCGCUUAAAUCUCUUGUCUAAGUUAUGGAUCAAUUCACUAACUUACAAGCUGAAACUGUUGAAUAAGGAAAAUUGUCUUAACAAAAAUUAGUAGAUGUAUUAAGAUAAAUUAGAUAAGCAAUGACUAAUAAGAAUUUGGAUGAAAAUAAAUUGUUUAGAUUAAUAGACGUAAACAAAACUGGAUUCAUCAAUUUGGUAGAUUUUUCAUCUAAGCUAAAUGAAGUUGUAAAUAUUGGUCCUAGCAUCAAAGAGAAGAUUUUCAACUUUAUGGAUAAGCAAGGAAUUGGGAUAGUCAACUUCAAUGAUUUCGAGAAAUCUAUUAGAUAUCUUGGAGAGGAGGAUAUUAAUUAGAAGUUUGUUUCAAACCCUUAAGUAAAAGACUCCUUUGACAAUGAAUAUUAAAUUAUUGAGCUAAUUAAAAGCUUUUCUUUGAAAAAUAAUUAUAACUCGGACGAUUUAUACAGAGCUCUUGACUCUGAUUUUGAUGGGAAAAUUGAUUUUUAAGAUUUAAGGAAAUUUAUAAAUAAUGUGUUAAAGGUAAAAGAAAUAACAGAGUUUACAAUUGAAAGAGUUUUUAAGCUUCUAGAUAGAGGAAAGCAAGGAUAUCUAAACAAGCAAGAUAUAUUUCAACUUAUGGAGAUGGAAUAUAGUAAAUCCUAGAAUAGCAUAAAAGAAAAUAAAAAAAACUCAAUGAAAUAAACGAGAUCAACUAUCAUAAUUAGUAAGAACUUCUCAAGCACAAGGCCUAGCCAUAACUCAUCAUAGCAAGUAAUUGAAUAUGAUUGGAAAUAGAAUGCUAUUUAAAUGAUCAAGAGUAACCUUCAGAAAUUUUACAAUAACAUUUAACAAGCAUUUGAGGAUUUCAAGACAAAGAACUAUCUCCAAGGGUUUAAUCUUAGUCUAUAGCUGUAUUAAGAGUUAUUUGCGUUUGUUGAUCCACAUAAGAAGGGCUACCUGACGUUUUAAGAUUUUUGCAAAACAUUCAACUUCAAUAGCAUCAAUGAUUUAGUUGAUAGAAACAUCCAAGAGCUUUUUAAGCAAUUAAAAUAAUAGAUUCAAUCAAGUUUUGCUGACAUUAAAACUGCUUUUGACUAUAUUAGAUGCUUUAAGAAUAAUAAAGUAGGAGUAAUAACGGAUUUUUAGAAUGAAGGAGACAUUUUCCCUUUGAAGAACAAGUUUUUUACAUAAAGGUCUUAGUCAUAAAUAGCUUCCCCAGUCAAAAUUUAAAUGAUUCAGGAUCAACAAUAAACAUAGAAAAAUAUAGUAAAUGAGCAGUUAUCAUCAGUCAUUGGGCAAAAAGAUUUCUAAUAAUGCGUAAGAUCACUUUUAAACACUACCAUUAAAGAUUAAGAUAUCAAUUAAUUAUGGUUAUACCUCUUGUCAGAAAGCCAAAACCAAAAGAUGCUUCUAAACAGAGUCAAGAAUUAAUAAUCAGGAGAGAAAUCUUAUCUAGAUUUUAAUUCUUUCAAAAUUUUAUUUGGAGAUCUUGAAUAUAUAGGGUAAUCUACUUUCUCAGCUCUAGCGAUGAAUAAAACAUAUCAAAUCUCUAAUAAAUAAAGAAGUUUUUUCUAUAAGAAUUCUGUACCUUCAGUUAAGCAUGGCUUUGAGAACUAUGGUUUAUAGUAAACAUCAGUUAAGACUUAGUAAAAGAGCUUCUCAACACUAAGAAAUCUAAUGACCUAACUGAGUCAAACUUAGAGUUAAGGAUCAAAUAAGGGUUUGACUCACUUUCACACUCAUUUUGAGCUUUAUCAGAGAAUGAGAGAAUCUAUGAGUCAACAAUAGAAACAAUAGUUGUAUUCGAAAAUAGAACUCUUAAAGAAUAACGGUGAAAAGAUAUCCUAGUUGCGUUUCAACAAUAUUCUUAAGGAUUUAGGCAUUGAAGUUGAAUAGAGCUUAUUAGAUCAAGUUAAUAAAUAAUUAUUUGGCCAAAUUUAGUUUGAUGUGCAAAAUUCUGGGAGAGUUAAUUUUAUGGAGUUUUAAUCUAUGAUACAGAAGCUCUACGAAGUCUUAAAGAUAAAAGAUUAGACUCCAUCUUUUCAUGUGAUGAAGGAUUUAUUUGAUUAAUUAGACCUAGACAAAAACAACCUUAUUGAUAAAAAUGAAUUUGUGUAAGCCUUCACAGUUUAGAAAAUCCAAUAAAAAUGCUUGAUCAACAAGAAUAAAUCCUACUCUGCGGCAACUAACUCAUCAAGAAAUAUGAUGAUAUCUAAUUAUAUUUCCCCGGCAAGAAAUGAAUUAAGCUCAUUGGCAAUCAGAACCCCUGAAGCAAUGGAAAAUGUCAUCUUAAAAAACAGGAAAAUGAUACUUGAAACAAUUAUGAAGAUGAAACGAACCGAGUAGAUUGACUUUAAGAUAAGACAAUUAUUACUUUAAUAAGAAAACUAGAAUGCUAUUAUUGUGCCUUUUGAAGAUAUGAAAUUUGCAAUUUAAUAAAUACUGAAAAACAGCAAUCCCUCAGACUUCGUCGAGAUUAUACAACCAUUUAUUAUAAAGCAAGGCUAGAAUCAAUAAAAUUAAAAUGCUAUUGGCACCCCUGGAAGUGCUAUAAGCUAUGGAAAUUUUAACUGUUAGUAUAUUGAUGCCUCUAGAUUAUUUAACAAUCUCAAAGCAAGAACAAUAGGAGCUACAAGUUUUCCGAAAAAUUAGUUAUAGAUUAAUAGUGAGAGAAAAAAAUUAUGA